GUUGAGUAGUCAAAACAUUGGAGUUUUAAAAGUUUUAAUCAUUAUGUAAUUAUUACCGGUAUAUAACGUGAACGACUCUAAAAGAAACAACAAAACGUUACACGUGCAUACGCGGUACACCGGAUAUAACACUAUCACUUGUAUAGACGUCUUAGUAAGUUAAAAGAAAGAAGUGUAAACCUGUGACGGGAUGUCGACAGCGCAAGGCAGUCCCUCGGCUGGUCCUGGUGUCCACGACUACCAACCCAAGCACAGGGACUUCGUACGGAACACGUACUCGUACGACCCGAACAAAAGUGAGUUCAAACCUUCGCAAUACAAACACGAAUACAUAUCCUACAAGCCAGCAAACAUUGGUAUCUACGGGGAGAAGGAAAGAACAGCAAAACCGCGGGACCCUCCACCGAAGCCUAUCUCGAGACCUAGCAAGCAGGUUCCGAGAACCACGUUUAAUAGCUACGGGGGACCGCGUGGUCCGGAUAUUCCGACAGGAGCAAUUGGACCGGAAUACCGCUACCCUGAGUAUCAAUAUACACAUUACAAGCCGACGACGUACGAGCCUGUGAAAUAUAAUGGCGAUUUUAUUGCAGGAAAGACAUACCAUUGGGAUGAAAAUAGCUUCAAACCGGUCUCGGGUACCGAGAAAUAUCAACUUACGGAAAACAAUUAUGGGGGAUUCAGGCACUUCCAUUUUGGAGAUAUUAAUGAUCCAAUUUCAGCCAAAGGAUCACAAGGUGGCACCCAAGAAAAAAAAAUACCUGCAGAAAAAGCCCGGAAGGCGACACCAAAGAAACCGGAAGUAAAAGCGGUCCCGGUUAUUGCAGCAGUCGCAGCGGUUCCGGUAGCAAAGUCCGGUCCGAAAACCUUCUUCACCACAGGGACGCAAUACCAGCAAACGGAAAGCAUAACGCAAAUGACUCAGACCAUUGUUAACACUGUGAAAUCUACAGGGAUACAAUAUGAGACUUCACAGACUAGAGCGUUCGGUACUCAGGUGGAGCAACAGUCACUUACUAGUACGGGUAUACAAACGGACACGCCUUCUCCGUCACCACAGGUCGCGCCGCUGGUUAUGGCGGGAAAUAUCACGAGCAAAGUGGAGAUGAAAACACAGGGAGUGCAAUGUUCAGAGCCCAAGACGACCGUGAAAACGGAGGCCCGAGGAACUCAGUACGACCAGACCCCAGUGAGUAGCCGACAUUUGCCACGGGAGACCGACAUAUAUCCCGUCUCAAACCCCGAGGAAAAACGUCGCGAGUCGCCGGUUUAUCGUGCUCAAAGGACACAAUCACCGGAAGUCGUCCCCAUUAUAGCGGCGACAUCAUUUCAGAGAAACGCGUCACAAAAACCAGCAAGCCCUCAAACAAAAACUAAAUCUCCGUCCCCUAGGUCGGAUCCAACUCCACAAAAGUCGCUAAGCAGAGAUUCCAGAUGGACUCCGUCACCGGAAGUUCCGUUGGUAGUUCCGGUGGUAACAAAAGACGCCAGUGUAGCAAAAGCCAAGACCCCCGCACAAGCAAAACCUGAUCUACCGGAAGACAGACAUCCAUCACCAAAAGCACCGGUCUCUUUACCGAAAGCGUUGCCAGUUCUGGACAGUCCGCCUAGUGCUGUAACCGCUGAACAACAGCCGGUGGUCCAAAGCAAACCACCGAAAGUAUUCGUUCAGCCUAAAACUGAAAACGUCAAAGAUGCGCCAAAUCAUCCUAAAAGGUCACGGCUUCCCCCGGAAAUUACCGCGCAUAUCGAGGCCUACAACUCUGUCCAUACGAAUGCCAUUACGGGGUCACUACCUUCUAUGCAACGCUCUAUGGCACUUACGUAAGGUUAACGUUUACCCACGAAUACGUUAUAAAAACUGUGCAAUUCAAUGACGUCAACACAAAUAUGACGUCAAACUACGUCUUAGCGAAGAAAAUUGCUUUACCAAAAUGCCUGUUGGAACGUUUGAAGAAAUUCAUUUGUGCGUGUUUUUUCAACAUCCUUUCAAAUCGUUUACAUUUAUAUACACGAAUGUGACUAUGUACCUGGUAAAUGCAAGUUGUACAAGAACACAAAUCUGAUGGUUGAAAUAUAGCAAAAUCGUGAACAGAACAGUGCAUCGAUUUGAACCUUUGAGCACACUUGUUUAUGUGCUUAAUCGGGAUUUAAAUAAACACUAUACGUUUGCAUCAAUCAGAUACCAUCAUGAAUGAUUGAAAACGCCUAAUAGAGGGACUAGCAGUGUAAAAAAGCAAUUCGAAUCGGGUUGAAGUAAACGGUCGAUAUUGUAAAUAAUUGUUAUCUUAAUAUUUACGCUUCCAUUUGUUAUUGACUUUACGACGUCCAUUGAGAAUACAGUAUUGUUGUAUUUUAAAUGGUAAUAACUAA